AUGAGUGAAUGGGUAAAAAAAGAAUAUGGGGAUGUUUUUACAUUCACUCAUAAUGAAAAAUAUCCUGUUCCAACUUUAAGUGACUUUAUGGAAUUUAAAAAAACACUUGACGAUGAUGAAGGAUGGACUGUUGACCAAGACAAAAAUGGUACUAAGGUGUUGUUCAGAGAUGUUUGUUAA